CCUCAUUGUAAAUGUAACUCUUCGGCAGUAGCAGGAAGUUUGCAAGAAACGCAGAUAAAAUGAGUGGGUGACAGAAGACAGAGAAGUCACCGGAUUAGUAAAUUAUCAAUUGAACAGUAAUCUUGAAUGGUUUCUGCAGAUGAACUACACAUAUCCAUGCUAAGGUAAACGAUAUGGCUGAAAUCUAUCCAGAAGCAUCCAUUAAUGGGAUUGCAGCUGACAGAGGCAGGGAUUACGCAGUGCCUGAUGACGUUCCUGUUCUCGAGGGAGCUAAUGCACAGAUUGAAGAUUUCUUGGGUGAAAAGGCAGAUUAUGAUGAAGAAGCUGAAGAAAAGAGAUAUUACCGGCGCAAGAGACUUCUUACAGUGAAAAGUGUUGUGUUUGCAAGCCUUGGAGCUGCUCUUACAUAUGGAGUAUAUUUAGGACUUUUGCAGAUGCAGCUUAUCUUACAUUAUGAUGAAACUUACCGUGAUGUGAAGUAUAGUAACAUAGGUCUGCAAGACAUUGACAGUAAGAUGCUAAUGGGAAUAAACGUAACACCUAUAGCUGCACUGCUUUACACCCCUGUUCUCAUAAGGUUUUUUGGCACAAAGUGGAUGAUGUUUCUCUCUUCUGGGAUUUAUGCUCUGUUUGUUUCUACCAAUUAUUGGGAAAGAUACUACACGCUUGUCCCUUCUGCUACUGUCAUUGGUGUAAUGAUUGUUCCCUUUUGGGCUUCACUAGGCAAUUAUAUUACCAGGAUGGCUCAGAAGUAUUAUGAGUUUGUGAACUAUAAGGAAGAAAAUGUGCGUGAGCAGCGCAGGGCGCCUCGGGGGGCUAGCCACAGAUAUAUUAUUAUAUUUCAGAGCAUCUUCUACUCCAUCUUCCAUAUGAGCUUUGUACUGUCUCAAUUACCAGUACAUUUCUUCCUUAGCAAGUUCUUUUACUCAUACAAUCACACACUGUUCAACGUGCGUGACUGUGGAGCUGCCAUUCAGCAUGGGAUCCUUCCGAAUUUCAACUUGACUGUACUGCAUACUUUGCCUCCAAGCCUAAAUCUUAUCUAUGUGGAGAGUGCUCUUAUGGGUGCUGCACUGGUGUCGAUGUUGCUGAUUUUGUUGCUCUGCGGUUCGGCUUACCGCCCUACAGAAGAAAUUGAUUUGCGCAGCAUUGGAUGGGGAAACAUUUUUCAACUGCCCUUCAAACAUGCCCGUGACUAUCGCCUGCGCUGUCUAGCACCAUACUUUUUUUAUAGUGGCUUUGAAGUCCUUUUUGCCUGCACAGGAUUUGCUCUGUGUUAUGGUGUUUGCUCACUUGGUUUGGAAAGCCUUCCCUUUCUUCUUACUGCCUAUGGCAUUUCGGCCUCUAUCUCUUCCUUCCUUGCCCUCUGCAUGCUUCGCUUCCCAAGACAGAUUCCCUUGGUAGGAGGAGCCGUGCUACAUAGUUGCAUCUUGAUUGGAUUGUUCUUCUGGAGCCCAACGCCAAAACUGCAGUCACAGAAACCCCUUCUGUAUUUAGUGGCUGUUCUGUGGGGGAUUGGAAGUGGACUGAACAAGAGCGGUCUCAGCAUUAUUAUAGGUAUGUUUUAUGAAGAUAAGGAGCGACAGGACUUUGUGUUUACAAUUUAUCACUGGCUUCAAGCACUUGCAAUAUUUAUUGUGUAUCUGUGGUCUUCGAUUCCUGUGACGGCUAAGCUGGGCAUCAUGCUCGCCUCUGCAUUAAUCUCUGUUCUUUCCUAUCUGUGGAUGGAGCAUAAACUGAGCUGCAGGGUGCCCUUUCGUGUUCCUAAAAUUCCAGCCCCACGCCACAAAGUCAAAGGAUACCGCUAUAUGGAGGAGGAAAACUCAGAUGAAUCUGGAUCAGAGGGUGAGGAAGAACAGAGUCAUGGUGGAGAAAGUGAAGAGGAAGAUCAAGCAGGUCCACGCUGCAGGCAGCCAGGCAAGAGGGAAUGCUAUGAACAAGCAGUGGGAGACGAUGAGUAAUUUUGGAAACCAAAAAGAUAAAAAACUGGACUAUUUGUCAUUUACCCUAUAUAUACUAAAUUGGUCCACUGGGUGGCACAGUGGUGCCGUGGUUAGGAUUGUCACAUUGCUGUACUUGGAUCCUUGGUUUUUAGGGUCACUCUCUGGUUUUCCUUUCACUGCGCAAUUAGAUUAAUUGAGUUGUAAUUAAAGGUCAAGUAAUGUCAUAAAGUGAAAAAAUCUAAAUAUAUAUUUUUUACAUUUAGUAUUAUGUAUUUGUUUCCCCAGCACUUACAAAUAUACUAUUUCUUGUCAACAAAUAUCUUGAGAGGCUUUUUUACCCAGGUUAUCUUUUAUGUGCCCUUUAGUCCUGUUUCAGCUUGAAUGGCUGCCUCUGUGUCUGCACAGCAACUUAUAGUAGCAUAUAUGUACAUGUAGGUAUGUUUUUCCCCAAAUCCAGUAAGUAAAAUCACUUCUUAAUGUUUUUAAUAAAUUCCUUAAAUGCUGUGUUUGUGUGAGUCUAAAAUGGUAUUUAAAUUUAUAAUUAUAGUUCUAAACCAUAAUGUGAUUUUCAACUUUCAUAUUCUGAGGUUGGGUACCUAAAAUUACAAACUCUCUAAAUGUAUCAAACAUAUUAAUAAUGUAUAUGUAUAUUAGACCACAACGCGUUGAUGUCUAAAUUUGUUAUAAUGCAAUAAAGCAUUGUUUUUGCUACAAUCAUUA